AAAUAGAUAGCGAUAGCCCUCACUUUCUUGGGUCAGGCCUGUUCAUGGAUAUUACUUUCUUGGGUCAGGCCUGUUCAUGGAUAUUUAAAUAUAAAAUAAAUGGGUUUUAAUAGAAGCAUACAAACUAAUGUGGUUUUUUUUCUGAGGAUCAAAAUUUGACUUUUUUGAAGACAUGGUUUUUGUUGCAGAAAAUUCUGGGUUUUUUUGGGUUCACUAAUUUGGAAUUUGUCGGCAAUAUAGAAGUUUUGGGAUGCUAACAAAACAAGCUUAUGCAAUAAGAAACCCUGAAUUUUGGAGGUAUAAGUGCUAAUCAAUAUGAAAUUGUUUAUUUAUCAAUGAUAAGAUGUGGGUGCAUGACUGAGAUGAGCAUGAAAUUCCAGUCCCGGAAGCUGAAAGUGUUGAGGAAUGUAUGUUUCUAAUAAGGGUAUGGUGUACAUUUUAGCCCUCAUUAUAGUACUUUUGGAUUUUUCCAGUUUGCCCCUUUCUUUGUUUUAUGCAUUCAUGCGGGGACAAUGUAAAUUGUUUUUAGUAUUGUUCCUGUCGCCGAGGAUCUCUUUUCUCUUAAUUCAUCGAAUUAAGAAAAUUAUCUUUUGCAAGUUGGCCUGUCGGAGAAUCUUGCAGUACCAAUUGGUAGUUGGCCUAUAUACAAAUGUCUGUUCUUUUUUUAAUAUCUCGAACGAUAGAUAUUGUUCAUAGUUCACUCCCACGAGGUUACCAUGAUCCAUGACCUCUGUUGUCUUGCAUCUAAUUCCUUGUUGUUUGCACAUUAGCAGUAACCUCGAACAAAGCUCGGUGCCAUACGCCCUCAUGACAAAAACAAUAUUUCUCAGGCGGGCAGUACAUAUGCACUUAUGAAGGCCAUCAUCCAUCACAAUUGUAUAUCUGUUAUUGUGGGUCUACCACUGUUUUGUUGGCUGCUUUCUGAGCUUUAUCUCAAGAUAGGAGAGGUGAAAGUCCCACUUUGUCUUCAUAUUGCUUUCAUCACUUAACAUAUCCCUCAUCCGGAGCAAUCUGUGUAUUCUGCUUAACUGUUUACAACUGUAAGGCCAGAUCAGAUUUAUUUGUUGAUUAGCCUAGUCUGUACUGGUUUAUUGUAUGCAUCAACAUAAAAUACAAAGCCCAUCUACAAGCAUGAGCAAUUAGACCUGUGAGUUGUGCAGGUUUUAUGUCAGCAAUUUCACAUAUUUCCACAUCUCUCAAAUUUCAGUCUCAUUCAGUAAUCACUAGAGACUUAUGGAUUGCUAGGGCUUUGCUUUAAGUAAAGCUGAAUCUAAAGAUGGACAAGCUUGUUGAAGUGCAUGAGAAUGAAGUGAGGAUAGAUUUUGAAAUUGGAUGUAAAUGCAGGACAACGAUUCACCUCAAGAGUCUGAUGCACACAAUGCCUGUUGCAUUCAAGGUGCAAACUUCUUCUCCAGAUAAGUUUUUGGUGAAGCCUCCUAAUGGGUUCAUACCGCCUCAAGGAGACUUUUCUUUUGAGAUAAUACUGAAGCCAAGAAAUGAUCUCCCUGAGGAAUAUCCCCGUUCUAAAGACAGAUUUCUCGUAAAAACUGCCUUGGCACCUGACUGCAGAAAGGAUGGAAAUAGCUUACCAGAUAAGGUGCCCAACGAUUGGUUUGCAUCUCGGAAAAAGCAGGUCUUCGUAGAUGGUAAACUAAAGGUUGUUUACAUAGGAGGUCACCUGCUUCGGCAUCUUGUUGCAAAAGGAGAUACAGAUUCGGUUAAACAAAUUCUUAAGAGGCAGAAUUGCUGUAACGAGGCUGACGAGUGGGGUAAAACUGCUUUGCAAAUAGCUUCAGCUAGUGGGAAUGUUGAGAUGUCAAAAAUACUGUUGGAUGCAGGGGCCAGAGUGGAUUUAGUUAAUAAGACAGGACAAACCCCUCUGUUAGAAGCUGUUUACAUGGGGCAUGUAGAAAUUGCCAAGGAAUUACUUGACAAAGGAGCAGAUACAGAAGCAAGGAACCCAAGAGGUUGGACUGCAAUUCAUCUAGCUGCAUCCUGGAAUAGGCGUGAAAUUCUAUCCCUUUUGAUUGAAAGAGGGGCAAAUCUAAAAGCAAAAGAUAAAGAAGGGAGAAUCGCAUUGCAUUGUGCUGCCACAAAGGGUUAUGUCGACUGUGUCAAACUUCUCUUAGAAGCUGGUGCAGAAAAGGAUGCUACAAGCAACGAUGGAAGGACUGCUCUUUUUAGAGCAGCUGCAAAUGGGUACCCAGAGCUUGUAGAGUUACUUUUAGACGCGGGUGCGGACAAUCGAAUUAGGGCUGUUAAUGGAGAAACACCAUAUGAUGCAGCUUUGCAGAAAGGCCAUACAUCAGUACUUAAAAUCCUUGAAGUGGGCGAUGAGCUUUUGACUGCUGCGAGAAGAGGGAAUCUAGAGGCUGUCAUUGCAUGUCUGAAGAAGGGUGCACCUGUAAACAGAAGCGAUCAAUAUGGAUGGACUGCACUACAUUGUGCUGCACUGAAAGGGCAUGUUGAUGUACUUGCAAAACUAAUUGAGUUUGGAGCAGAUAUUAGGGUUGAAGAUGCAGAGGGUCAUACUGCACUACAUUGUGCUGUUGAAGGUGGAAGGAAAGAGGCUGUUCAAUUUUUGCUCGGUAAAGGAGCAGAGAUCAAUGCAAAAAGUAGUAGAGGAGCAACAUCUCUGUACAUGUCGGCUGCCAUGGGAUAUCCUGGUAUCUCCAGGUUUCUACUUAAUCAGGGAGCUGACACAGCAUCUCUUCAUCAUAAACCCACAAUCCCAACCUUCGACACACACAAUUCGAAACAGAAAAAAGUUUCCUUUGAGGAAAUUCAAAGUGUACACACAGAUAUAGUACAAGGCAUCUCUGUUUAGGGAACGUUCAGAUCUCUCAUAUGGCUUUCCUGGUAAAAUGGGCAUCCUUAUGCUUGUUACAUAUGUAAAAGUAAGUACAAAAAACAGGAAAGGCUUCUGUUGUGCAAUCUUUUUUCAAGAGACGUUCUCUUUACGAUGAUGGACCAUAUGUAUGCUGGUUAAGAGUUUUCCAGUCCUGAUUCUGUAGAUAUGUCCAUUUUUGCUUCUGUAGAAUUACAAAUGUUAACCUAAAGAUUCUGAAGGAGAAAUUGAACAUGAAAAAGUGCUGAUUCUUGACUGCCAUUCUGUUCAUAACAUCAUACUAAUUUGUGUUCUUCUUUCCCCUUAUAUGGUCCACCUUGGAUUAAUCUGUGGAUUAAAACCGAGUAACUACUUUUUGCAUGAACUGUACCUUGCAGCCAUUGCUAGCUCUCUACCAUGUACGGUUGGAGAAGAUUAGUGUUAUUUGCAUUUUGCAUGCUUCAUGGUAGAUACCAACUUAGUUGUGAGCAAGAGUUAUUAUACCUAUCCAUUUUGUGAUAAGCUAUUAUGAUUA